CAGUUGAUAAGCAGCACAUGUUUAGGCCUAUAAAUUCACAGGCUGGGGAUAUCUGCAGGCUAGGAGAUUUUUAGUUAGCUGUAAACAUGGUGUUAGGACAGUGUUAGCUGCCCCCUGUUUUUAUUUGACAACAAUGCAGUGCUGACCUUAUUGUGUGUGUAACUGGACAUUCUUUUGAAUGGCAAGACAAUAAGUGGACAAACCCUAGAUAAAGGAGCAGUCAGUGUUUGGCAGUUUGUGCACUGGGUCAGUUUGAAUUGAGAAGCAUUCUACAAUAGUGAAUUCUCAUUGGCUGAGCAGGAACCCCAUGCUUUCCUUAUCUUUAGGCACUGAGUUAGUGAGAGGUUGUCUCACAUUAUGAAUGGACAACAAUCAGAUUACUGAAGGACUGAGUGGAGUAAUAACUGUACAUACAGAACAGAGGAUUUGUGUUUUUAUAUAUCACUUUCAGUUUGUUAAAAGAAGUGAUUAAUUUUGUAAGUGGCUAGCCAGUUCUAAUCUAUAGAAGGAUUUGUUUACAGUUAGAAGGACAUUUCAGGGCACUGAUGUGUUGUAGUGAAUUGGGCAUUCUCUUAUCUGACUCAUCCAUAGUCACACCUAUAUAAAGUUUAUAUGUACCGGUACAAUCAUUGAUAUACUAUUUAAAUCGCAUACGGAUUUGCCCAGAGUUUCGUUUUAUGAGCUGAGUGCAUGACGGAAACAACACUUUUGUCAGUGUUUUCAUUUCACACAAGGAACUAAAACACAUGGAGAGAAGUUUUCAUUUGUGCUGGAAUUUGUAAGUUCAUUGAUUGUCCGUUUAAUUGAUAUUUGUACUUAUUCAGCAGAGGAAUUUCUUUAGGUAUAGUUCAUUGACUUAGACAGUUUUACACAGCUUGAUUUGCCUUUGAAGUUUUGUUGAGAACUUUAAAAUUCCUCCGUGGACAGAGUUAAAGAGGUAAUACAGCGUCAAUCAAACAUUGAGUGAGGAGUUGUAAGGUGGUUACAGCUGAAAGGAAAAGAGAGAGGGCCCUACACGUGUCUCCAGCUACUGUCAAAUCGGAGGAUCACUGACGCGCGUCCGUUAUUUCACAGGAAGGAAAUCUUAUCAUAAAACACGUAGUAUUCCACUUGAAAGCAUGGACUAGGAAACUUUGUGGGAUGAAGAAAAUUUUCCAGUAUCUUUGUAUAUAUGUUAUCAAGAAAAAAAUUGAAAUUUUCCUGGAAGAAUAUACAUAUAAAGGAAUUAUAAUAUUGUGAAGGGUUAAACUGAAUUAUUGAAAGCAUGGGUGCCAACAAUUCCCAGUUGGAAUCUGAUUUGGAUCCACGUUAUAACAUUGAGAAGAACUCUAAGCAUUGUGAUACAAACUUUCAGAGGCUUCAAUACCAUGGUGUUAGAUACCCUAAAGGUAAGCCAGAUCCACCAGAGGGAUAUCCGACAGCAACCAACAUCACACAGACCUCUGUAACUCUGAAAUGGACCCCUCCAUAUGGCUGUCCCCCCAGUACGAUACUGGCCUACCAGGUGGAGGUGUGCCGAUUGCAGGACAAACGGUGGAAAGUUGUCACCAGUUCCUGUCAGGGGAACACGUACGAUGUGAAAAAUCUUGCACCUGGUGUGGAUUACAUGUUCCGUGUCCGUACUGAAAAUGUGUAUGGAAAAAGUAAACCUAGUGCUUCCUCUCAAGUGAUACGGACCUUAGCUGAAAAUCCAUGGAUUAAGCCUAAGGCAGAAAAGGCAGAAGAUGAGAGGAGAUCAACUCUAACAAGGAGGCAUAGUCAUUAUAUUAAGGUAGAAAACAGUGUGUCCAAUCUUCUGCAGAAAGCAGAAAGAGAAGAGAUGAGUGAUGUGGGAACUAUUCCAUUCAAAAGAAACAGUAGUAUCCGGCAUUCGUUACCUGUCCAGUGUGUGAGACGCUCUACAACACUGCCACCCAGCAUACUGCCGGGAUCCAGACGUGAAAGUAUCUGUAGUAUAAAGGAUAAGGAGUCUAGGAAAUCCAUUGAAGAAUCUUCUGUGUUCACCGAUGAUACAGAUGAAUUGUCAUCGUUAAAACUUCAUCGCAUGUCUAUGACAUCUACCGAGGACGAUUCCUGCAAAUGCUCAUCAUCUGCAGCUUCUAUGACUUCUAUACCAGAGGAAGUGAAUGAUAGUGAAGGAGACAAAGACUCUGAUCUCAUCAUUGUUAAAACCCCUCCAUCUACCUGGAGAUAUAAUCCCCAGUCCCAUCAUAUUCUCUCUGCCCCAUACUCGGAUGAUACCAAGAUAGCGUGGGUGACGGAUCAGAAAUCUCCGAUUCCCGAUUAUCAGAACUCUGAGGAUCCUUCACCUGUUUGGCGAGACAGACAGGAGAAUAAUAAAAACAUGCCAGAUUUCCGAUCACUUAGAAACGCCCUCCAUUCUGAUGACCUCUUAGUAAAAACUCUUGAUGCAGACAAUAACGGAAAUUACUCAACGCUCAGUUCCAAAGGAAAGCUUUAUGAUAAAGUUAUAGAGGAAGAAGAUGAACACAAUGUUGCUUUAGAUAUUGUUUCAGCUGUGUAGGAUAUUAGAACUAUUUAUUAUUAACCCCUAUGUUACGGGUAGAUUCAGCAUAAUUUGGGGUUACUGUGUCAUACAAGUUGGAUUUCUUGACCGCAAUGCUCUGUAAAGGAUGAAAUUUGUUGGAGAGGUAUUUUAUCUGUCUGUUUGUGCUGUUAGUGCUCUAAACAAUAGCUAUCCCUCGAAGCUUAAAAUCCAAGGUUUGAUCACAUCAGAACUUCUUUGUUAUUUAUAAAUCUGUCGUGUACUUUAAUCCUCAAAAAUGUUAUUGAAGACAAUAGCAAGUAUAUUUAGUGCAUAAAUAUGUCAUGUUUAAUUAUUCAUAUUUGUACAACUGCCCAAAGUGUCAUGAUAACCAGAACUCUUUGUUAUCCCUUGAAACAGAAAGAUUUUUGUAUAUUUCAUGAGAGCUUUGAUGAUUGAACCAAAGUCAUGUUGAAUGUAUUUAUUCUUAUAAAAUUUGAUUUAAAACAUUAAAAUAAUUUGAGAUUUU